GGCACUUCACUGACACUUUUUCGACCCGGAGCAUCAGAACGGGUCCGAAUCGGACCGCCGCUUCACACAUCUGUCUCACUUUGUCCAGCUGUGGACCCCGUGUCCUCGCGCCGCCCCGACAUGCCGCGGUCCUUCCUCGUUAAGAAGAACUUCAACCGUAAAAAGCCCGAUUACGGAGAGCUGGAGGUGAAGGCUGGUGCUGUGACGGGUGACACCUUCCCCCCGGCGGAGCACUGCGCUGCUGGACUCGUGUGGGACGUUCCCCCGGGCUCCGCUCCGCAUCCGCACGUCCGGGUGGAAACCAGCAUCUCAAACUCCAGCCGCAGCAGCAGCGGGGACGAGGAGGAGGACGGCGGACGGACAUCGGACCCCCCCAGCCCGGAGCUUCCCCGAUGCCAACCGCAGCGGAGCAAACGGCGCGCGAGGGACGCGGGCCCCAGAUCAUCCGAGCCGUCCCACCCGACCCGCCGGCGCGGCGCUUUCUUCUGCAAACACUGCGCCAGGGAGUACGGCACACUGGGGGCCCUCAAGAUGCACAUCCGCUCACACACACUGCCCUGCGUGUGUCCUACCUGCGGGAAGGCCUUCUCUCGGCCCUGGCUGCUGCGGGGACACAUCCGCACACACACAGGAGAGCGACCGUUCAGCUGCCCCCAGUGCAGCAGGGCCUUCGCUGACCGCUCGAACCUGCGCGCCCACCUGCAGACGCACGAGCGCGUCAAGCGCUACCAAUGCUCCUCCUGCUCUCGCACCUUCAGCCGUGCCUCCCUGCUGCACAAGCACGCUGCUUCCGGUUGCACCUCCCUACCUGUGUGAGAUGGAAGAAACCCCCCCAUACAAAGCUGCCACCCGACACGAACACGGUCACUCUACGGUCAACGAGUUCAGCAUAGCGCUGAUGUGCUGAUGGGCUUCUGCUGUGGACAAUGGACAUUAAUUUCCAGCUGUUUCCAGUUACACUGGCUGUGUCCAAAGUGUCCAUAUCGGUGACACACAGGAGUGUGAGGGACCCAGACACAGCAGCGUGUGGGUGUGUGUGUUUCCUGGGGCAGUUCAGCCAGGUGCUGACGCAUGAACCUGCAGUGAAACGAUGACCUUCACGGUGCCGACAGGUGAUUUCCUGCUUCCCCCCCCAACACAAACAGAUGAGAUGCACUAUGCGGGGGGGACUGCCCUGUAAACUCCUGCUUGCGAUGGAGCAGAA